GUGUGGUUAUUUCAGAAGAAGCUGUUUGUGGUGACGUUCUGCAGUUUUAGGGAGCAUUUGGACGCUCAUACACACUAGGACAUAGUGUGUUCUCAGAGCUGGGACAUGGUACCUGCAGUAUCACGGCUCUAGAAACGGUCAGAGCAGCUCAGGGGGAGAGAGCAGUAAUUUAGACCCGAGGAGUUUCUGAGUCCAGCAACAUGCCGAGGUCCUUCCUGGUUAAGAGCAAGAGGGCCCACAGCUAUCACCAGCCCCGCUACCUGGACGAUGACUACACCAGACUGGACACUAUUCUGGCACACGUAUGCGCAGCAGCAAACAGAUCUCAGGGGGAGUUUGCAUCCAAACUGGAACCCGAGGAAAACUUGAGCGCCGGCGCUGACAGAGAGUCCCCCGGAUCGAGCCGGCGGUCCCGGGGGUCGCUGUCCUCCAGCUCCCCGCUGAGCUGUGGAGGCAGCGUGUGCGAACGGUCCUCCGACUGUGAUUUCUGGCGUCCACCGUCUCCUUCCUCCUCACCAGACUCCGAGAAAUCUCCCACACCCACAGCGGAAGACGCCCCCUUCAACAUCCCGCUCCUUCCUUACUCCUGGUCGGCUUACUCUCGCUCAGAUCUGAGGCAUCUGGCUCAGGGGCCUUAUCAGCGCCAACCGCACCUCCGGGCCCACGCGGGGUCCCGCUCACCCGCAGCGGGCAUCUACGGGACAGAGCACGGCGGCGGCAGUGAGCGGGUUUACGCGCAGCGGGGCCUCGGGACCGGGUGUUACCAGGAGUAUUCCCCGUGCGCGGCCCGCGGGAUCUACAGGAUGCGGGACGGCGGGGAGUUGUACGCAAAGGCCAAGAAGAAGGAAAUCAAAUCUGAGGAUGAUUUUAUGCACUCUAACCUCGAGGAAAACGGAUCGUAUAAGUGCAUCAAAUGCUGCAAGGUUUUCUCCACGCCUCAUGGCCUGGAGGUUCAUGUUCGGCGCUCACACAGCGGGACAAGGCCGUUUGAGUGCGGGAUCUGCGGGAAAACCUUCGGACACGCAGUGAGCCUGGAUCAGCACCGAGCGGUUCACUCACAGGAAAGGAGCUUUAGCUGUAAAAUCUGUGGGAAGAGCUUUAAGCGUUCGUCCACACUCUCCACACACCUCCUCAUCCACUCAGACACACGGCCCUAUCCGUGUCAGUACUGCGGGAAGAGGUUCCACCAAAAGUCGGACAUGAAAAAGCACACUUUUAUCCACACAGGUGAGAAGCCGCACAAGUGCCAGGUGUGUGGGAAGGCGUUCAGUCAGAGCUCCAACCUGAUCACUCACAGCAGGAAGCACACAGGCUUUAAGCCGUUCGGGUGCGACCUGUGCGGCAAAGGUUUCCAAAGGAAGGUGGACCUGAGAAGGCACAAGGAGACACAGCAUGGACUGAAAUGAGCAGAUUUCCUUAAAUUCCGCCCUUUUACUGUGCAUAGGCCAGUGUUUUAGUUUUCUGCAUUGACCUGCUGUUUUUUCGUACUAUUUAACUGAUAUUUAUCAUUUGUUUUUACAUUAUUAUAAGAAAGUAAAUGAUAAAUUUCCAAGAUUGAAUAUUUGUAUUAGCUGUUUAAAAUUUAUUUUAUUUGUUAUACAAACAGGGAUUAAAUAUUAACUUAAAGAUG